CACGAGGCCCAUGUUUCGGACUCGUCUGAAACUGCGUUGCAUGCUGGCUUCUGGCUGCUGGCGCUCAAUCCUCGACUUCACUGCCAUCUCCCUGGGUGGCCCGGCUUUUGUAUGCUUCCGUUGUCACUCGCUUAGUUCGUCCUUUUUCCCUUCAAACGAUUCUUGCGGCAGUGCCUUCAACACCCAGCGCCCUCGGUCGGUCUCCGGGCCCGGUCUCAGUCCUCGACUUCUCGCGCCCAAACAAAAGCGACCGGCCGAUACAUGAAAGGUUGCAAAAAUGUCGGGCAUCCCUGAAUUGGAAGACGCCCUGCGCAAGCUCGACGAAGAGCUCGAGGAAGGAGACAUCACCCGCAAAGGCUAUGAAAAGAGACGGACUCUCAUUCUUUCGCAAUACAUCAGUUCCCCGCCGCCAGGUCUACACCCCCAACCCCAGUCACGAGGACUUCGCGUACACUCCCCUGACGAUAGCGACCAUCCUGCCUCCAAUGAGGAUUCCAGAGCCGCCUCGCUUGCUGCCCUCACCGGUCGACCGGUGGCCAGCCCCUCGAGGAAUGGGACAAUGACUGAGGGCCAUCCCAGCACGAGCCGGCGAGCCUCUGUGCUCAGGGAAGAAUACAAUGAUUCCAGGAGAAGCAUCACCCCCCAAAGCCACAUCCAAAGAUUUCAAGAGAGGGAAACGGGAAGUCUACCACAUGGUUCGAUGUCGGGGUCCUCCUUUGACGGCCGGCGUGAAACUUUCCUGACUGCCAACGAUCAAUCCCGCACGGAGACGCUAUUGAGCCAGAAUUAUGCCUUUAAUCCUGACACCCAGCAAAAUUAUGGCGGCAUAGACACUCGCAACUCUACUAUGCUGGACUCGCAGCAGGGCUAUUUCUCGGACUUUGCUGGUCAGCAACGAGAAGAACAUCAGGAGAAUUAUGGCGGCAAUGUACACAGAUAUUCACAGAGCGAGGUGACCUCGCCCACGGCGCAGGUCGCACCUCCAUUUCUCGGUGCCGGAGAGCUUGCUGGAGGUGCAGCUAUCCAUCAGAUGCCCUUGGAACCACGCGAAGUGCCUUUCGCCAUCUGUGACCCACACGAUUCGCAUAUCGAGAUGUCCCGGUUUGAGAACAUUGCCGCGGUCCUCCGACAUCGAGCAAAGACCAACCCCAAGCAAGCGGCCUAUUGGGUGUUGGACCAAAAGGGUAAAGAGCUCGUCUCAAUCACCUGGGAGAAGUUAUGCAGCCGUGCAGAAAAAGUGGCACAGGUCAUUCGCGACAAAAGCAGUCUUUACAAGGGGGACCGAGUUGCGCUGAUCUACAUCGAGAAUGAAAUCAUCGAAUUUGCGGUGGCCCUGCUCGGCUGCUUCAUCGCUGGCGUGGUGGCUGUACCGAUCAACGACCUCAAAAAUUAUGCCAGAUUGAACGUCGUUUUGACGUCUACGCAAGCACAUCUGGCCUUGACUACGGAGGCGAACCUGAAGAAUUUUCAGCGAGACAUCACCGCCGCCAAGCUGAACUGGCCUCGAGGAGUGGAGUGGUGGAAGACCAACGAAUUUGGCAGCUAUCACCCGAAAAAGAAAGGAGAGGAAGCUCCCCUUGUGGUUCCGGAUCUUGCAUACAUUGAAUUUUCUAUGGCCCCUACUGGCGACCUCCGCGGUGUCGUGAUGAGCCACAAGACAAUCAUGCAUCAAAUGGCAACACUCAGUGCAAUGAUCACGUCGGCGACAAGCAAUACCAAAGCCGACACCUUCAAUCCUUCUUUGCGCGACAAGCAGGGACACUUAAUCACCGGCUCGAGACGUGGCGAAACCAUUCUGAGCUAUCUCGAUCCGAGACAGAGCAUUGGGAUGAUCCUAGGGGUCUUGCUAAACGUCUAUGGCGGGCACACGGUGAUCUACAUUGACCAACGGGCCAUCGAGACACCUGGUCUCUACGCGAAUCUCAUCACGAAAUACAAAACGACGUUGCUUGUAGCAGAUUACCCCGGCUUAAAACGUGCCGUAUACAACUACCAGGCCGAUCCGAUGACGACGAGGAAUUUCAAGCGGAACUUCGAACCCAACUUUUCCAGUGUCAAGUUGUGCAUGAUUGAUACAUUGACCGUCGACGUCGAAUUCCACGAACUACUGGCAGAUCGUUGGCUCAAGCCACUUCGCAACCCUAGGGCGAGGGAAAUCGUCGCCCCUAUGCUCUGCUUGCCCGAACACGGCGGAAUGGUGAUCAGCAUGCGAGACUGGCUGGGGGGAGAGGAACGGAUGGGCUGCUCGUUGAGCCAUGAGAUGGACCGUGAUCAAGAAGCAGAGGAGAAAAAGGAAGAGCAAAGCGCGAUUGCCAAAUCCAGCUUCGGUAGUAGCCUUAUCGGUGGGGGAACUAAGCCUUCCAAAGAACGGUCGACCGAGGACUUGGGAGAAGUGCUCCUGGAAAAAGAGGCUCUGAAGACAAAUGACAUCGUGGUGCUGGCCAUGGGCGCGGAAGCAAGGGCGAGAGCGACUUCACUUCCCCACGCUGUCCGAUGCGGCGCCUUCGGAUAUCCCAUCCCUGACGCCACGCUUGCAGUGGUCGAUCCUGAGUCAGGUUUAUUGUGCGCUCCAAACUCGAUAGGCGAGAUUUGGGUCGACUCUCCCUCGCUCUCUGGAGGCUUUUGGGCUCUUCCAAAGCAUACCGAAACCAUCUUCCAUGCUCGACCAUUUUGUUUCAAAGAAGGCAACCCCACGCCGACCGCCAUCGACCCCGAAUUCCUACGUACUGGUCUCCUUGGAUGUGUCAUAGAAGGCAAGAUCUAUGUGUUGGGACUGUAUGAGGAUCGCCUGAGACAACGGGUCGAGUGGGUCGAACACGGUCUGGCGGUGCAGGAACAUCGCUACUUCUUUGUCCAGCAUUUGAUUCUCAGCAUCAUGAGAAAUGUCCCCAAGAUCCACGACUGCUCCGCGUUUGACUGUUUUGUGAACGAUGAACAUCUUCCCAUAGUUCUUUUGGAAUCUCCGUCGGCCUCAACGGCGCCAUUAUCCUCAGGUGGUCCACCACAACAGCUUGAUAUUGCAUUGCUCGACUCUCUGGCGGAGAAAACAAUGGACGUAUUGUACCAAGAGCAUCACCUCAGAGUCUACUGCGUCCUGAUUACAGCGCCAGGGAUUCUACCGCGGGUAACUAAGAACGGCCGGCGAGAAAUUGGCAAUAUGCUCUGUCGCAAAGAAUUCGACAACGGAGCACUCCCUUGUGUCCACGUCAAAUUUGGUGUCGAGCGGGCUGUGAAAAAUCUUCCUGUUGGGGAGGACAUCAAUGGCGGCAUCUGGUCCGCAAACUCAAGUGCGGCACGGAGCGACCUUCUCUACGGCCAGGAAACCCAGUGGUCGGGUGUCGACCCUCGCGAGGUCGUUAUCGAUGACCGAACAUCGACGGCUCUGAGUAAUUUCACAAACAUCUUCGACCUGAUGCAGUGGCGGGUGGCGCGACAAGCAGACGAGCUCGCAUACUGCACGAUCGACGGCCGAGGGAAAGAAGGUAAGGGGCUGACGUGGAAGAAAUUUGACCAUAGGGUGGCAGCGGUUGCCUUAUACCUACGAAACAAGGUCAAAGUGAAGCCCAGCGACCAUCUUGUUUUGAUGUACACUCACUCAGAAGACUACGUGUUUGCCAUAUACGCAUGUAUGGUUCUUGGAGCGAUAGCUAUUCCUGUUGCUCCUCUGGACGCCAACAGACUAUCAGAAGAUGCUCCAGCAUUCCUUCACAUCGUCGCAGAUAUGGGUGUGAAAGCUGUUCUGUGCAACACUGACGUCGACCACCUGUUCAAACAGAAAAUCGUCUCGCAGCACCUCAAACAGUCUGCGCAGUACCUAAAAACGCAUAUUCCAAGCGUCUAUAACACAGCGAAACCGGCGAAGCAGUCUCAUGGUUGCCGAGAGCUUGGUUUGACGAUAAAUCGUUCUUGGAUAUCUCCGACAAAUCCCGUGAUUAUAUGGACAUACUGGACGCCAGACCAGCGUCGAGUCUCGGUUCAGCUGGGCCACGACACCAUUUUAGGCAUGUGCAAGGUCCAGAAAGAGACGUGCCAAAUGACAAGCUCGAAACCGGUGCUCGCCUGUGUGCGAAGCACGAUAGGCAUAGGGUUCCUCCAUACGGUCCUGAUGGGCGUGUACAACGGCAGUACCACUUAUCUGAUCUCGCCACUCGACUAUGCGCAGAAUCCUGCCUCACUGUUUAUGGCCUUGUCCCGGUACAAAAUCAAGGAUACUUAUGCAACCAGCCAAAUGCUCGAUUUUGCCAUGGGGCAUGUCGUUGGCAAAGGCUUUUCUCUGCACGAGUUGAAGAAUCUCAUGGUGACGACUGAAUCGAGACCUCGCCUUGAUUUAUUCUCAAAGGCGAGGCUCCAUUUUGCUCAGACAGGGCUCGAGAGAACCGCCAUCAACACGAUAUAUGCUCACGUCCUCAACCCCAUGAUCGCAUCUCGCAGCUACAUGUCGAUUGAACCGAUCGAACUCUGGCUUGAUGUGCGCGCACUGAGACGAGGUCUCAUUUAUCCGGUCGACCCGGACACGGAUCCGACGGCUCUGUGUGUUCAAGAUUCGGGGAUGGUACCAGUGUCUACUCGCAUUGCCGUUGUCAACCCCGAAACCUGUCAACUAUGCCAUGUGGGGGAAUUUGGCGAAAUCUGGGUUCAAUCAGAAGCAUGCGCCAAAUCAUUUUACAUGUCGAAACAGGCGUUUGAUGAAGAACGGUUCAAUGGACGCAUCUUGGGCGGCGACCCAAACGCUACCUAUGUCCGGACAGGGGAUCUAGGAUUCCUGCACAACGUCACCAGACCCAUCGGACCGGGCGGGCAGCCCGUGGAAAUGCAAAUAUUGUUCGUGUUGGGCAGUAUCGGCGAGACGUUUGAAGUAAACGGCCUCAACCACUUUCCGAUCGACAUCGAGAGUACCAUCGAGAAGUGUCAUCGGAACAUUACUCCUGGUGGGUGUGCUGUCUUUCAAGCCGGGGGCAUGGUCGUUGUCCUGGUUGAAGUCUUCCGAAAAUCAUAUCUGGCAUCCAUUGUGCCGGUCAUUGUCAAUGCUGUCCUUCACGAACAUCAAAUCAUUGUCGACAUUGUCGCAUUUGUCGGCGACGGUGAUUUUCCCCGAAGCAGACUGUCGGAGAAGCAGAGAGGCAAGAUCUUAGCUUCCUGGGUGACGAGAAAAUUACGCACCAUUGCCCAGUUCGGCAUUCGAGAUGCAGACGGACCUGAGGGGCAGAUGUCUUCAGUACCCGGUGAACGCAAAGCCCCUAGUAUGGUGAGCAAAACUCUAUCAGUGAAUCAGCCAGACCAGCGGCGAGCCUCGGUCGCCUCGGAAUCCAGGGGAAAUGCUCAAGGAGACAGAAUGUCGAACCGAUCAAGCAUCGUGCCAGAACUGCCUUUCACAUUGCCGCCGAACCAUUAUCAGAUUGACCCGACCGGCCUAUAUGACCCUGCUACCUCCGAAGGCGACCGGACCGGAGUAUCGCUUAGCGACAAGCCUUAUACACUUCCUGAAGGAGUAGUUGAGAUGCCAACUAGUAAUUUCGACGACAUGGAUGAGAAAUCCAAUCCGUACCUUACGGACGAGAAAUUCUUCGAUCCAAAUGCCGAUCCAGACCAGGAACUUGACGACUACACCCCUCAAGGUUCGCAACUUGACCUAUCUCGAGGAGCACCGCCCAAGCUGUCUCUGGUCAACCCGAAUGAGUACUCAUUACACGGCAGUAACGACAAUACCCCGACUUCGUACACCGCGACCGCCACCCCGACAUCAGCAAUCCCGAACGCAUUGAAAACACCCGUAGAGCGAGGUGAAGACAGCCCCUACGAAGACCAGGGCAAUCCAUUCCGAAACUCCAUCCCGGCGUCGGUGCCCAGCUUUGAUUUCAUCACCCAUUCUUUCUCCCCAUCCUCGGCUGCGACAAGAAAUCCCGUCUCUGCGCGAGAUCAGAUGGCCGGGGCCAGCGCGGCAUUCAACAACGUGACGUCUCCGACCCCAACCAGUCCAACUGCAACGGGUGGACGUGCGCUUCUUCCCAGCCAGCAAGCCCGAUACCCCAACUACAGUGCGAAUGCUAAGCCCCUGCCUAUACGACAGUCGAGCGAUAAUUCGUACGAGAUUAAAGAUCUGCCGCAAGAGGCGUUGACAUAUGCUGCCUCGACACACAGCCGGAGGUCUGGGUCGUCGACGUACCAAGGCGAUCAGAACCAGGAUUCUAACUCACUACAUCCUAGUGACGGACGGCAGAGCGUGGACAUGCGUAGCUAUCCGCCAAGCAUCCGGAGGAGGUAUGACGGGAGUGGGUAUGAUGGAUUUGAUUAUUGAAUGGCGUCUUAGCAGAUGGUGCUAGCGGCUUGGACGACUUUAGCGAUCUCUAAUUUCUGUGAUAUAGUGUGGCUUGUGGGACUAUUGGUUAUAGGACAGCAAAAGUUGGCAAACCAAGGACGACCCGAAAUGAUAAUGCAGCAUGACAAUUACCAGUAUGCCAGGCGGUUCCCUAAGGCUUUGGAGCGUGCGACUACCUAUGAUGAGUGACAUUGAGUCGUCGAGAGCGGCAAGUUGCCUGCCUUGCAGAGGUGUACACCUGGACCUAGGUUCCCAGGGGAUAUAUUGAUGGACCCGCGCAAGGCUGGCUUGGAGAAGAGGCCAAGAGGGGCACUCAGCCUCGUCGUCGUCGGUCGUUCUUCUCCUUUUUCCCCCGCAUGUUCGCCGCUACUUCGAUUGCCGCGGCCCUUUCGCCCAAAAAGAACCUUUGCAAGGGCGGGGAACUCGCUUGCAACAAGGAAGAACCCCCGCUUCUCCGAGCGAGCAUCGGAUGGGGGAUUUUUGAGAGAGAGCCACGGGAGAGGAAGUGGAAACAAAGCAGGAGGAGGAGGAAGAAGAAGAGGAGAAGUCUCAUGACGAUUUCUAUCGCGGCGACGACACUCACACAUAUAUACGCUGAUAUUUCUACAUCAAUACGCAUCACACAACAUCCUUAAGCGAGAAGGCCCGUCACAGUGCAGCAGAACCAUUGCAUCAGUGUCUCGCAGCUCGACUCUCGGCUCUCAAGCUAUUUUCUCUUCCCCCGCCCCUGCUUCACU